CUGAACAACGGGAAAGCAGCAUGACUUUCAACACCCAGAAAAAUGGCAAGCAUGCAUGAGUUGCGUGUGAAGUGAGACUCCGGUAUGCGGUAUGCCCAUCUCCGUUAAUCAGACUCGCUGUCUCUGAGCCGGCCUCGGAGCCACUCAGUCUCGCGGCUGUGGGCCCGCAGCGCCGGCCGCCGAGUAGUUAAUCUGCACACGGCGGUAACCGCCAGGCGGUCUGUGUGAACCGGCGGUGGUUUUGCUGCAUGCUAGCGGUGCUGGAGAGCGGUAACCCAGUUACGAGUCCCAUAUGGUCGGCCCGCCGCGCCGCGCCGCGCCGGCCGGCCGCAGUUAGCAGAGGACGGGCCUCCAGCGGACAGGGUGAGCGGACGGAGGACGGGCCUCCAGCGAGCGGAGGCAGGUGCCGAGUGUCCUCCGAAAAUCCCUGCUAGUGGUAAACGAAGACAGGAAGUAGUGCUCUGUGUAUAGGUUGGUGAAGUUAGACGGUACAGUGCCGAGACGGAGAAAGCAUGAAGAAGUGAAGUAAUCAGAGUGAAUUAAGUGAUGCUUUUACCUGGUAUCAAUCGGAACAUACAAGUGAAUAAGUGACAACGGUGAGAGAAAUCAAAGCAAGACAUGGGUUGACUGACUGGUGAAAGAGCCUACAAGUAUAUCAAUAUUCCAAGAUCACUCGUGAGUGAAGCCGGAACACCGUCAGUGACAAACAGGAAGUGUCUGAGCGCGUGACACGGGCGCGUUUGGAGGCGUCUGAACGCCUAGUGACUGUCUCCAGAGAUGAGGUCACGAUGAGAUGAGACGGCAGGAAUGAAGGUCGCUCGUCUCGUGCUGUGUGUGGUGGGCGCGGCGGCACUGCUGCCUCGGGCGUCGGCCAAAUUCCACUACGGCGAAUACAAGACGAUCGAGCAGAUGAGGAGCGGGAGAGAGGAGACUGGCAGCCCUCUGAUGAACCUCUGGUCGUCAGCGAUGGAAACGUUUACCAGCGGCAUUUAUCGGCUGCUGCAGGUCAGCACGGUACUCAAGUCUGACCUCGCUGACCUCUGGAAGUACCCAGACUACCCAGAGUACCCGGAGUACCCUCAGUACCAGCGGUACCCGCAGUAUCCACGGUAUCCAGAGUAUCCGGAGUACCCGGAUCUGGCAUCGGCUGCCUCCGCAAGUCACGGCCUGAGCUUCAUCGGAGUCUACCCCGACCAGGGAAACAAGUGCUACCGCUGUCCUGCAGACCAGGCUUCGGCUGCCUCCGAGCAGGUUAUCAGUACGGAAAAUGUCCUUCAUAAGGAACCGAGCCAGGCGAGCACUGGGGCCUCAGCGCAAGCCGCCGAUCCAACGUACCCAGAUUACGGUUCAUACCCGUCUUACGGCCAAUAUCCCGAGUACGGUUCGUAUCCCGAGUACGGUUCAUAUCCCGAGUACGGAUCUUAUCCAACUUACGGCCCGUAUCCCGAGUACGCUCCGUACUCAGAUUAUAGCGAUUACGGUGACCGUGUGUCUGAAGAAGAGCGGGAGCCGCUGGUGGCUCCGUUCGUGCCUGGGGGAACCAUCUGGAUGGGGUUGAGGAUCGUUCUGCCGGUGACGGUGACGGCAGCGACGUCGUCGGCACGGGAACGGGAAGCACAAGUGGAGGUUGGAAAAAGAAGUAGAAAAUAGACUAGUGCGGAUGUUUACAUAAAAGAGAAGACUAAUCAGCUGCCUGCUACAGGUUGCAAUGGACGGGGAUAAUGAAGUAAAAGACGGACCGAGGCAGUGACAUGGUAGUGCAGUGGUCGUGUCUCAUGCUCGGGGAUCAAAGUUUGAUCAUUGAUGUGGUUAUUGAUCGGUGACCAGUGAUGAAUGGCCAAUGAGCUAUGACGAGUGACUAUAGUGACCAAUACCAAGUGAACGGUGGUUGAGUGGUGGCAAGUGACUCGUUUCCAGUGAUAAGCGGUUGAUAAACAAUGAUCAAACAUACCAUUGCUCAAUAACCAGUGCAUACAAUGUUGCUUGCAACAAAUGAAUAAAUAAAUAUCCAUGAUUUGUGACUGGUAAUCGGAAACAAUUA